CAUGAACUAAUGCACUAACGCACUGUCCACUUAGGGAUCGGAGGGCAACCGUCGCAUCUCCCGUCUCUUGACAACCAAAGACAACCCGGGCGUUCUUUCAACUUUCCCAAUGGCCUUCUUGUUUUCACUCCACAAGACCAUCAACCCGUCAACCCGUCAACCUGUCGACCCCACGAGGCAAGUGAAAGUUAACCUUGCACGUCCCCGUUGCAAUCGACGUUUCCCAACAUUGUGCAUCGUCGCGCAUCAUUCAUAUUCCAUCAAUUCCCCGUCUCUGAUUUCAGAUCAACUUUCCGAUCAACUUUCUACAUUACAAAAUUCUUUUUAAAUUAGUACUUUGUACUUGUCUCUAUACUCAUCGCUGACGACGCGACAGUCUUUCUAUCUUUAUAUUUCCGCCUUUCAAUACCCUUUUACAUCUACUACAUUCAUUUAGCUGCUUCUCAGCCUCCCUCACCCACAACUCAGGUUUAUCCUGUCUUGACUCGCCCUGUUAACUUGCCUGCCUGUUGCCACACGCGCAUCAGCUAAUACCAAAAAUGGGUCUACCACUAUGGGUUGAGCCUAACGAAUCUGGCUCUCGAGCCAAAACAGCGCCGAAAUCCUCUGCUGAUCCCGCAACUGGCCGAUCUCCAAUUCGCCGCUCAACUUCACCGCGUCGCGCCAGUAGCUCUAGAAACACUGACCGACGCCGUCAACUACGUGAGAUUCGAGCUCACCGUCUUAACGUGCUCAUGUCCCAGCAAGCCAAUGAUGUCGAAGACGAAUUAAACCUCAAUGGCCCAGCUGCUAUCCCCGAGAGCGUUUCUAAUCCCUUUCGCGUUGUUACAGCACCACAGGCGCUACGCGCUCCGGAUUCUGAGGUUCCUAUCGACCUAGCUGCUUUCUUACGUCGUGUUCGCCCUAUUCGCCCUGGUCGCCUUGUCUAUGCUCCUCACCUUACCCAGGAAGAUCAUACCCAAACCUUAGAUGCUUCUGACGAUGACGAUGACGAUGAUGACGAACUCCCUGCCCUUGAGGAAGAGGGUGUUCCUAAUUCUACUCGGUUCGGAAAUACUCAACCUGUUCAAACCCUUCGCUCUAACAGAGGUGACAAUGGUACAUCUCCAGCCGAUUCUGAUGACUGGGAGCCUUUUCCACCUAGAGACGAUUACUAUCGAACCCGUUCUCGACGAAUUUCGCCUACAACGAGAAUAAAUCGCUUUGUAGAUCGUUUUGGACACCUCCGAGAAGAAGAUCGAGAAUUUGAACCGACUCAGGACCGUGCACCUGGUAAUCUUAAUUCUCCUGGUUUAAGCAUAGAUCAGCACAUUCAUACGGCAUUGCAAGCGAUGAGGGACCGUAGACGCAGAUCUGGCGUCGAUCGACGUCGAGCACACCGAGUUAGGUAUGUUGAUGGAUUGGGCGAUCGAGACCGCAGUCUAAGCCCGGAGGGGGAUGGGGCUUGGUCUAUCCUACAGUCAACUUUAACCGUCGACCCUCACCCACCUAGUGUUGGUUCCUCGUUUGCUUCUACUACAGCUUCGACUAUAGCGUCUCUAAACCCUACUGUUCCUUCAUCUCGCACCUCCAUUACUAGUCCGACCGAAGAGAUCGAACCCCCUUGCGACCCUGUGGGCGAGCCGGAAGCCACUACCGAAGGUAGUAGUCCUGAUGUUCAAGGCACGGACCGUUCUAGGCGGCCGACACCUCAUGGUAGACGAUCAUAUGCAGCAGUUGCUGCUGACACAUUCUCUGGCACAGGGCUUUCAUCUGACGAUCCCGAAUGGCUUUCUGGUAUGCAUCGGAUUGUCAGCGGUCUUGCAUCUAGACAGGAUAUCCCUGACGAAUGGUGGGAACAGGCUGGCCUUAGCCGUUCGAUGUCGUUGGGAUGGCCCCUUUAAAAUUUGAAAAGGGAAAAUGGAUAGUGGGGGUUUCCUGGAACGAUAUGUGAUCCCAGUUCGUGAAAGGGACGAGAAAAUAGGAUUUUAGGGGUUUGCAUUAUGCUUUCAUUUUUGACCUGGACUUUGGCGUUGCAGGAAAAGAAAAGGAUAUGCGUUAUGGCGUGAGGAUAUUGAUGGACUCUGCUUAAACAGAGCAAGCCUGAAGUUAUAUGGUUGGUGUUGUAUUAUACUUGUACGAAGGUGUUAUGUGUCCAUCGAGACCAAGGAAGCAAGGCGAAUGAAGAAGCUACAGGUUGUAACCAAGCUUGUUAUGAUAGAGGAGUAAGGGUUCGAUUGUGGCAACUUAUACGUAGCCCAAGAACUAUGAGAGCCGUUCUAUAUUUUACUACGUUGUAAGCAUGAUUAAAGAAUUUGAUACUUUUCUGUGGGCUGUAAAGCUUA